UGCCAGCUUAUGCUCCUGAAGACGCUGGAGACAAAUCCGUAUGUCAAACUUCUACUUGAUGCCAUGAAGCACUCAGGUUGGUAAGUAAAUUUUUUAAAAGUGUUGGUCUAUAUUCUGGAUGCUGAAACCACACAAACCAAAAAACACCCCAAACUCGAACCUCUUACGAUUUUUCACUUCUAGCCACAAAGCCUUUUCCAUAUGGUGGGUGAUGGUGAUGGGGUGCAUUCUUUCCAAGCAGGUCUUGUUCUCUUCAGACAUCUUGCAUCCUAACUCUAAGUUUCUGGCUCUACCAUUCGUCUCCAGUAUUUAGUAAACACAACACUUGAAGUCUUGUAAGUAACUAGCAAACCUGGCUUUCCAACCCUACCGCCCUCAGCUUGUCCUUCAUGGAGAAGAAAUCUCACCUUGUUAUGUGGGAGCCUUCCAGGUGUUGUUUAACUCUGAGGGAAUUAGAGAAAGUGACGUCUGAGGUCCAUUUCUUAACAGUCUAGCCCAAGGAUACCAACUCCAGCAUAUUUUCAAUAUGGUCUUAAUGCGUUGACCAGAUGCUUUAUGGAACCGCAUCAUGGGCAUUGAAUGAGGAUAGAUUUUGCAAGGAUGAUUUCCUUAUUUUGCAGAUGAGACAACUGAGCCCUGAAGGUGUCCCAAGGUUUCUUAUAGGUUAGUUUUGAAAGGGCUUUAUGAUAUGGGGCUUCCGGGCCGUUUCUCCUGCACCACUCGCAUACUGCUUUUGGACUUUGUUUCUUUAAUCCAUUCUUGCCUUUUAGUGCUGUUAACAAAGAAAGACACUUUUCUUGUGAAGACUGUGAUGGAAAUGUCAGUGGAGGUUUCGAUGCUUCUACAUCUCAGGGUCCUGCUCAGUGUGCUGUUGGCUUUUUGCACUUCUUUCUGAAGGUCUUUCUGAGGCGUUUUCCUGGAAAUUCUAGUAGAAUGAGACAGUGGUGGUCAUUCAUUAUUGAUUCAUUGCUCAUUCAGAAACUUGAUAAGAAGCAGUUUACAUAUAUUCUCAUUUAAUUCUCACAAUUCUAUGAGAUAGUUUUGUGCCAGAACAACAUUGGUAAUCAGGCCCAUAUGAACAGAGUGGUCACCCACGAGCUCAUUCAUGCAUUUGAUCACUGUCGUGCUCACGUCCACUGGUUCACCGAUGUCAGACAUUUGGCCUGCUCGGAGGUUCGAGCCGCUAACCUUAGUGGAGACUGCUCACUCGUGAAUGAAAUAUUCAGGUUGCAUUUUGGAUUAAAACAACACCAUCAGACUUGUGUGCGAGACAGAGCCAUUCUUUCUAUCCUGGCUGUUAGGAAUAUCAGCAAAGAAGUAGCUCGAAAGGCUGUUGAUGAUGUUUUUGAAUCUUGUUUCAAUGACCAUGAACCUUUUGGAAGGAUCCCACAUAAUAAGACUUAUGCAAGAUAUGCUCAUAGAGACUUUCAAAACCGUGAUCGAUAUUACUCAAAUAUAUGAAGACAAUGACAUUUUAUACUAUGGCGCUUCUGUGAUCAUGAAGAAAAUAUGGUUCUCAAGUGGACAAACCUAUAAAACGUAAAUGAUCAAUUAAACACAGAUAUAACACAGAAGAUGCUGAUUCUAGCGUACGUUCAGAAAAAGUAGCUGUGGUGAACGUGAAACUGCCUCAACUCCAAGGCAACUAUUGUAGCUUUACGGUUAACUGUUUGGUAAAUAAGGCAAAUAAAUUACAGUUUUGUAUUUUCUAUGUUA